AUGUACUGUAGCGGGAAUGGUGGCUUGUAUUGUCGAAAUGUUGGAAGACAGGUUGCAGCUGUCGCACAUAAGGAAAAUGCCAACAUCCUCCGAGGCUUGGUGGAGAACCAAGUGUUCAUCAGGAUUUCAGGAUUUGUCAACGGAGCCUUCGUGACCUGGGUGCCAAAGCUUUACGCCUACCAUGUUAAGAUUUUGAAAGAACUCCUGGCACACGAUCCUGAACUGUUUUGGGUGUUCACCAACAGUGGAUGGGCUGCCGCUAUGUUCAACAUCAGACCCAAAAUGGCAUGCUUUCCCCACCGAGACCACAGGAACCUGCUGUUUGGCUGGUGUGGCAUCACUGCCCUUGGUGACUACAACCCAGACACCGGGGGACACAUCAUGAUGUGGGAGCUAGGACUUGUGAUAUGCUUUCCUCCCAGCUCGAGCAUAAACCUUCCUUCCGCUGCGGUGGAGCACUCCAAUGUUCCCACUAGGCCUGGUGAGCACUGCUUUUCUUUUACGCAAUAUAGUGCGGGUGGCCUCUUUUGUUGGGUUGAACAUGGGUUUCAAAAAGAGGAGGUGUACUUCAAUAGCUUGACUGACAAAGAGCAGGAUCAUGAAGUAAACAGAAUGUGGAUGUUAAUGAAAGAAAGCCUAAUUACUUCUCUACCAUAG